AUUGCCAGAAUAUUGUCAACGAAAGUUGACGCAUUUAAAAAUUAUCGCAAAAAAGUGGGGUCUCAAGGGGUUUGACGUUCAUAGUAGGUGUCGCUUUAGUGAAGGAUUCUUUUUUAGAUGGCGCUGUAGUCGGGCGUGGCUCGAGGUCGCCGGAAACAGAGGGACCUUGAAAAAGUGAAAUCGCGUGGCACGUGGCGGCGUCCUCCAUUUUCCACGCCAUUUUCCACGGCGUCGGUGAGGUGCCUUGGGUGAGGUAACCAUUUCAAGGCCAUAAUACUCUGACAUAUAGUGACUAUUUUCAUACUAUAUAUGGCCUUGAUUUUCAUUUUGAAUUUUCUCGUCGAGCUAGCGUCGUCGGAACUCGGACGUGGACGUGUCGGUGUGCUUUCUUGGCCGUUCCGUGCCGUGAUGGAGUUUGAGUUUGUCAAAGGGCAGUUGGGGCUGUCAUUUCUGAAGCCAAUUCGUGGAGGCAGGGGUGGCGGCUGCGUCUGCCAAGGGCAGGGCUUUGAUUCUGAUCGCGGCCAGCUGUACUUGAAAUGGUCCGACGACGUGGGCAAUGAGGCGCGGGAGAUGCUGUCUGGUGAGCGGGCCUCGCUGCAGGCUAUCCAAGACACGGACACAGUGCGCUGUCCCCGCCCCCUGGGCGUGGCCGCCGACCCCGCCUCCGGCCGAGUCGUACUCGUUAUGGAAUUCCUGCACAUGGGAGGUUUACGCGGCCGAGCGGCGCAGCUGGGGGAACAGAUAGCCAGGAUGCACCUCCACAAUGGAGCCGCCCUGGCGAAGGAAGAGGCUCAUAGCUCGCGCGUUGGAGCGUCCGAAAAACAUGCGGCAGCACCGGUCAGCCAGUUUGGGUUUCCCGUGCCGACAUGCUGCGGCCGGAUCCCGCAGGCGAACCAAUGGUGCGACGACUGGGUGCAGUUUCUGGCACGGGACAAACUGGAGCCCCAGAUCGCGAUGAUUGAGCGCGAAUACGGGGACCGGGAGGCGCGUGAGCUGUGGCCGCGACUGCAGCGCUGCCUACCGGAGAUGUUCAGAAAUAUCACCGUCACCCCGGCGCUGCUGCACGGGGACCUGUGGUCGGGAAAUGCCGCCGAGACUGACGACGAGCCAGUUGUGUUUGACCCGUCGUCGUUCUACGGUCACGCCGAGUACGAGCUGGGCAUCGGGCACAUGUUCGGCGGUCUGGGAUCGGGCUUCUUCCGUGGCUACCAUGCUGUGCUGCCCAAACAGGAGGGCUUCGAGCGCCGGAACCGGCUCUACCAGCUCUUCCACAACCUCAACCACUGGAACCACUUCGGCUCCGGCUACCGGGGCAGCUCACUGAGUCUGAUGAGGUCUCUGGUCAGUGGCUCGUAGAGCUCGGAAGAGAAGUGACACGCCCGGCCCGGCCUGGGACAGGAGCACUCGUCUGCUGCGGUCGGUGAUUAUUUGCCUUGCCUAUCUGCCCAAGGGAGUGAUAUUGUGUUGGGCCAUCUGGGAAUUCAGUGUGAUUAUGGGGUGCCAACUGCUAGGCUGAUGGUGGGUUUUGUUGAGGGUAACUGUUUUUUAGUGUUGUCAAAUGCUAUAAUAUUGUUCGGGUAUGUCUGUUGGGGUGUAAUGUUAUUCUGCCGUCCAAAGGAUUCUGACCGUAAGCGCCAUUUUCCAAAAUUUGUAGAACACCUAUUGAUUUAUUAGAUUGCCCCAGCUUUUCAUAAUUUAGAUGUUUGCGGAAGUUUCUUUAUUUUCUACUGUAAUGGAAAAGCAAGACAUAUUUGGCGCGGCUGAAACACGAAGCUGGCGAACACCUUUCUCUCCACUUCUAUAGUUAUUCCACACAUCCCCUCCCAUUUGACGAGCUAUGCUUUUAAGUACUUACCAGUCUACAGUACAUGCUUUUGGCAGACUUGGCACAUACGAUCUAACCUGGUAACCGUCUGCAGGGGACAUUCAACAUUAUGUCGUUUGUAGAAGGGUCGGGUGAUAUACUUGAGCCUGACAACCGGUUGAGGCGGCAAGUUGCCGCCUUGUUCUGGUGCGAUUGUAUUGUAUUGUAUUUACUACAAGCACACACAGGCAAACGCCCUUUUAACAGGUGCAGUCAAAACAGUACAUAAAAUCAUAAACAAGAUGAGGUGAAAACACAAACGAUUCACAACACUGUAGUUAAAAGCACGGCAUAACAUAGGUAGGUAUCUACUAUAAGCAACACUAAAAAGAAAACAAGCUAAAAGUAUACACUAAAAGGAAACAUGCUAGUACACACCGGCGGCCUGACCGAAUGAAUAUGCAGCAGUUCUGAAGGCUCCAAGUGUUGCCGUGAAAAAGUCAACUGUACUGUUCGCGGCUAGGAGGGCGUUACAGCUGUUUGGAAUUCGCCCGAACAUAGAGUUUUUGACAGUAUUGACUCGUGCUGGUGGGAUAUUCCACAGCCUGAUGUUGCGCACCCUUCUACUAGGUGCUGAGAGUGAGAACCUUGUGACUAGUUGCGGGCAGUCAAUCUGACCAUGGAAAAUCUUGAAUAAAAACAUGAGGUCGUGUUGA